AUGACUGGCACCGACAACACCAACCCCGGCAACUUUGCCAACCGGCCCAAGAAGGAGGUUCAAGAGAUUGCCUCCAAGGGCGGAAUGUCCAGCCACUCUGGCGGAUUUGCCAGCAUGGACGCCGACAAGCAGCGAGAGAUCGCUUCUGAGGGCGGCAAGGCCUCAUCUGGCUCUUUUGAGCCUGGUAGUGAGAAGGCCAAGGAGGCUGGUCGCAAGGGUGGACUGGCUUCCUAGUUGUAUUACUAUUAUGAGACAUGACUUUGGAUCGAUGGAAGGGCUCUAUCGGCAGGAGCUAGAAACAUGAAUUGAUUUUCCAGCUACA